AGAGUUGAUCAUUGUGGACAGUGACAUUGUCAAAUUCUGUACUCAACUGAAUUACUUUACUGACACAAGAUAAAUUGUGAAUUAUAUUGAAAUCAAUCGUGACUACUAUCUAUUUACUGAAAUAUCAAUAGCUUUAGCAAAAUGAAGCAACUUCUCUCAAUAUUCUUUUCCGUGAGCACUUUUUCUUACGUACUGUCUGCAGUAAACCCACCAGAAGAAGAAGUUGGUAAUGGCAGAUACGUGAUAGAAGGAAGAGUUUUUCCUCCCGAAGAGCAAGAUCUGGGACCUUGGCAAGUUGACACACGAAUUCAUGUAAACGGUGGCGAAUAUAUAGGCUUCAUUAGAGAAGAUGGAACAUUUGUCGUACACAAUGUUCCCUCUGGAUCAUACGUUGUUGAAAUCUUGCAUCCUGACUACAUCUAUGAGCCAGUCAGAGUAGAAAUUAAUUCAAAGGGUAAAUACAGAGCCAGGAAAGUGAACUACAUACAAACAUCGCAAGUGAUUCAGGUGCCAUACCCCUUAAGAUUGAAGCCUCUUGCAAAAUUCAGAUUUUUUCAGGUUAGAGAGCAAUGGCGCCUGACUGAUUUCUUAUUUAACCCGAUGGUCAUUAUGAUGGUGUUGCCACUUUUGUUCAUUAUGAUCUUACCUAAGAUGAUGAAUGAUCCUGAGACUAAGGAAGACCUGAAACAAAUAACCAACUUGGCAAAGAUGUCGGAGAUGCCUGAAAUGUCAGAGAUGUUUACUUCUUUCUUCAGUGGUGGUGCUGCAGCCAAAGCCUCAUCAUCAAAAGCCAAACAGGUUAAGAAAAGGCAGUAGCAAAUUAGAAGUGUUCUAGUUCAAUUAUAAAUAAGUAUUUAUGAUCAAUAAGUCUAUUGAUAUGUAUAGUCAUGUAUAAAUUUAAAUAAAUUCUUAAAAUGAA